AUGGACCAAGGACAUUACAGACCAGUCACGUGCAUUCCGAGACAAAAAUUAGCCAUUCUUAUACCUUACAGAGAUAGGGCGAAAGGAUUGCUAACAUUACUAAAUAAUGUUUUACCUCGAAUUCACAGACAACAAAUUGAAUUUGGAAUAUACGUAGUCGAACAGAUUGGAGGUGCACUUUUCAACAAAGGUGUGUUAUUUAAUGCUGCCUUUAAAUAUGCUAUGGAAGAAUAUACAUAUGACUGUGUCGUACUUCAUGACGUUGAUAUAAUAGCAGAAGAUGACAGAAAUUUCUUCACGUGCGGAUAUCAUCCGAGACAUCUGGCCGUAAAAGUGGAACAAUUCAAUUAUACAAUUCCUUAUGCAGAUUUUUUUGGAGGAAUAUCAAAUAUGCCGCCUAAUAUAUUCGAGCAAAUCAAUGGAUUUUCUAACCAGUAUGAAGACUGGGGACUUGAAGAUGACGACCUUUAUCGACGAUUAACAGUUGCUCAUGGGCUGAAAAUUGAACGUCCACUGGCGAAUGUGUCAACAUGUGCUUCCGUGCAUCAUUUGAGACCGCAUAAACAUGAUAAAAAGGGAAAACUUCUCGAUAGAUGCAAUAUUUAUAUCAAUCGACCACAAGGUUGGGCAUUUGACGGGUUAAACACCUCACAAUAUAAAGUAGAAAAAACAGAAAACAAAAGAUUAUUCAAACAUAUUCUCAUAUCUCUUAACACAACAAAGCUUAGAAAGGAUUUUGUUACGAGAUCUCGUUUAGUUGAUUAUGAUAAUUUACCACCAGUUGCUUCUUGGAAUGGUAACACUCAAAUGUGUUAUUGGGCACUGAAGAAAUCCAACGAAAACAUUGACCAAAGCGUCGAAGAUCUGGUGCAGAAAUCAGUCAACGUUCCUUCUCAUAGACGUAUAUGCAUACCUUGA